AUGUCUCUCUCUACUUUGCUGGUGGGUGCGCUGUUGACCUUGCAGGUGAAUGCUCUCCCGGGACGCGAUUCCCCUGCAAUCUUGCGCCGAGCAUGUCCUGAUUACACUUCAUAUGCCUCGACGCCGCACGGCCCAUAUAGCGGAGGUCCAUUGAACCUACCCUACCAACGCCCCGCCGAAGCGUGCCGUACGUUCUCGUCGCCUUCAGUGGAGAAGGUCAUUGAAGAUAUGACCUCGCGUCUGGUUGACAAGGACCUUGCGCAGCUCUUCCGUAAUGCCUUUCCAAAUACUCUGGACACAACCAUUCGGUGGCACCAGAAUGGCACAACGGCGACUUCCAGCCGCCGUAGCAGGCGGGAUACGGCCCAGUGGACCGGCGCGCAGACAUUCAUUGUGACGGGCGACAUCAACGCAGAGUGGCUGCGUGACUCGACUAACCAGCUGACUAACUACCAGGCAUUGGCGAAAAAGGACAAGAGCUUGUACAACCUCAUCCUGGGAGCCAUCAACACCCAGGCUGAGUUUGUCAUUCAAUCUCCCUACUGCAAUGCCUUCCAGGCUCCAUCUGCAAGCGGCAUUCGGCCCGAGAACAACACUCAAGUUGACACUGUCCACCCCACCUAUGAGAAAUCAUUCGUGUAUGAGUGCAAAUAUGAACUAGACUCUUUGGCUCACUUUUUGCUGCUGGGAACCGAAUUCCACGCCAACACUGGCUCGACUGAGUUCUUGACCGAUCGCUGGUUCAAAGCACUCCAGACCGUGCUUGACGUGAUUGACGCCCAAUCACAACCAACAUUCAAUUCCAAGAAUCAGUUUGUGACGAAUCAAUAUACUUUUCAACGCGAAACCACCAUUGGCACGGAGACUUUGAACCUCCAGGGCGUCGGCAAUCCGCUCAAUAGCGACACGGGUCUGAUCCGUAGCGCUUUCCGACCCAGUGAUGAUGCCACUAUCUUGGGUUAUUUCAUCCCGCCAAAUGCCAUGAUGUCUGUGCAGCUCCAGAAGAUUGCCGGAGUCCUCAAGGCUGCCGGUGGGCACGAUGAUUUGGUCGAAGAGCUUCAAGAACGGGGUCAGAAACUUGCUAAGGCAGUUAAGGAGCAUGGUAUUGUGAGCCACGCCAAGUACGGCGAAGUGUAUGCUUUCGAGGUUGACGGCUAUGGCUCACGUAUCCUCAUGGAUGAUGCAAAUAUACCUUCCCUCCUGUCUCUGCCCUACCUUGGCUUCCUCGAUCGCAGUGAUGAAGUGUACCAGAACACCCGCCAGAUGAUCACCGACAAGGCCGGUAACCCAUACUAUCUGGAGGGUCCAGCUUUUCAUGGUAUUGGUGGUCCUCAUAUUGGUCUUCAGAAUGCCUGGCCGAUGUCCCUCCUAAUGCAGGCGCUCACUUCCGACAACGACACCGAAAUUAUUGAGUCAAUAAACCUCGUCCGAAACUCGAGCUUGCUCGGUCUGGUGCACGAGUCUAUUAGUGUCACCAAUAUUAAAGACUACACUCGCCCGUGGUUCUCCUGGGCCAACUCCGUAUUUUCGCAGACCCUCCUCAAGAUUGCGGAGGAGAGACCGCACCUUAUAUUCGGGGCUAAUGCUGAACCUUAUACUAUUUCGUAA